UUUUUCAGAAAAAAAAUGAAAGAGCAAAAUAAAUAUGAACGUCGUCGCGUAGUGGAAUAAAAAACAUCAGUCAAAUAUUAUAUAUUUAGUUAAUGGUUACAAAUUGUGUAUUUAAAUCGUUAGAAAAUUAUUGAAUUGUUUCGAUUCGUUAGUUAUUUUUUCGCAAUUGAUUGUGAUAGAAAAUCAUUGAAAAAUUGUUUAUAAAUGUGUGCUUGAGAUUGAGAAGCUAUUAAUUACAACACUGUUACAGUAAAUUUGCAAGGAAUUCGACUUUACAUCAACAAAGUAUGGAACAGGAAAAUCGUUUGGCGAUUUUUUUUACCCAAAAAAUGGACAACAUCCCAAAUGUUAACUCAAAGAAAAACUUUGAUACGGAGCCAAGUCCUCGAUUUCAGUUGGUGGGGAAUUUCUUACCAGAAAUUAUAAAACAAGAAUUUCCACCUAAGCCUCCACUCAAAUUUGUCGAUGGUAGUGUUGUUCAGAAUCAUGUAUGUGUCUCAACGAAAGGGACAGGACGCAUAUUUCUUCCUGUCACUUUGAUAAAUAGACUGUCCAUCGACGAGAAUGUAGAUGAAUAUGAAAUAAUUGCCGCACCUGGCAUUCCACGAAACCGAUACGAACCAAACGCUACAUUAAAUGCACAUACUAGGACUGAAAUGAGCGAGAUAAGUGAGGGAUAUUUUCGUUGGUACCACCGAUAUUUAGCGGAAGCUAUGAAGCCAAUUGAUGAUUAUAUUCCGGAGAAUUGUAAAUUGUUCUCGACAAACAUUACGUUUAUCCUAACUCCAACUUGGAAUCAUAUAUACAAUCUCACCAAACUGGAAAUAGAAGCCGAUGUAAUCCUACGUCAAACGGAUAUAGCACAAACCAAUGCAGAUGUCGGUGCGUUAUCAACUGAAAAUCAAUGAAAGUCUAGAACAGGUAUGGUCGAUCGGCGAAUUCGUCUUAAACUCACUCACAUUUUAUGUCAAAAUAAUAUGAAAAUGAGUGCGUUUAAGUACGAAAAUUAAAUAGGCUACUUCGCGAGGGAAUAAACGCACUCACUUGCUGUGGGGAUAAACAAAAAACAUAACCGCACAUACCGAAUUUUCCGAACAAUAAUGUUUUGUUUUUACGAUAUUAUGUGCAGGAAAUUCAUUAGAAAUGUAAAUAAAUAGUGAAAAUUAUGAAAUAUUGUAAAAAUAAGUCGUGUCGUCAU